AUGACGAAUUCCAAACCCGUGGCGGAGUUGCCGCGGUUUCUACAGCCUCGUUUGAGCUGGACCGCCGCUUCCUUCGUCCAGACUGCUCCGCAGGCAGUGCCUAUAGGACCUUCGAUCAAAAACAACUCGAUCAUACCACCAUUCAAGGGCGUAUCAAAGCCUAGAUCGAUCCAUACAAAGGCUUUCAAGAGUUUGAUUGUCUCCAAAACUGCCUCUACAGGCUCCUCCAGACGACCUCGAACCUACGUUUCACCUCUCUCCCCGGACUCAACUCCGAUCCGCCACAAUGGGGUCUAUGUUGCUGUUUUCUAUCCGGCCCGUAAAGCUUUCUCCACGACUGCGGUGCAGAAGAAAGAACAUCACUUUGACACCUUGAAGUUUGUUCAGAGAUUAAAAGGGGAAGGAUUCAGUGAAGAACAGGCUGUUGCUAUGAUGCGUGUACUGAACGACGUGAUAGAAGAGUCAAUCCAGAACCUCACGCGCACCAUGGUUUUGAAGGAGGAUGCUGAACGAAGUACAUAUACUCAAAAAGUCGACUUUGCCAAGUUGAGGAGCGAGUUGGCCAAUGCCGACAGCACGGAAGCACAGUUAACUCGAUCCAGUCAUGACCGAUUAUCCAGCGAUCUAGCCAAGUUGAAUGCAAGAUUACGAGAUGAAAUUGGCCGAACACAAGCUAGUGUGCGUUUGGAUCUGAACCUUGAAAAGGGCCGGAUAAGAGAAGAAGCAAACGGACAGGAGAUGAGGAUCAAGGAAACCGAAGCGAGAAUCGAGCAAGAGGUGGCCGGACUGAGAGAGCGUGUCGAGGCAGUCAAGUUCUCGACCUUGCAAUGGCUGAUGGGUGUGUGUACCGGUACAGCAGCACUAAUUCUAGGUGCCUGGCGUUUGUUGAUGUGA